UAUGCUAUAAUUUGCCUAAGAACUAACUUUUUGUAUAAUUGCCAUCCCAAUCUAGCUUUUCUCGUUAGAACUUGUCUUUCCCGCUUUUUUCUCCAUCAUGUUGAUUUCGACGGCCGAAACGCACUACUAAAGUUCUCUGUCUCUUCAUAUAAUAAAAAACAUGGAGAAAGAAGCUGUAUCAAAUCUCAAAAUGCGUCACUUUUUAGUAAAUCAUAUCCAAAGUUCACUAUUUCAUCAUCCAAUUUGCACAGUUCUCCUACCACAUUAUCCGUCUCUUUCUCGCUUAUUAAAGAAGAAGAAUACCAAAUCUCUGAUUGCAACAGAAAAAUUUGUGAAUUAUGUGAAGUGGGUAACCUUGGAAAAGCCAUACAAUUGCUUGAAAUUUCUCCAAAAAUGGAAAUUGAAACAAGAACUUAUUGUUCAAUAUUGCAGCUUUGUGCUGAGCUUAAGUCUCUACAAGAUGGCAAACAAGUUCAUUCGAUAAUUUGCUCUAAUGGGGUUCCAACUGAUGGUGUUCUGGGAAGAAAACUUGUAUUUAUGUAUGUAAAUUGUGGGGAUAUAAGACAAGGGAGGCCAAUUUUCGAUAAGAUUGCAAAUGAGAUUUUUCUUUGGAAUCUAAUGUUGAGUGGGUAUGCAAAGAUAGAUGAUUUUGAGGAAAGUCUAUAUUUAUUUCGGAAGAUGUUGGCCUUGGGAAUUGAAAUGAACUCCCAUACAUUUUCCUGCAUUUUGAAGUGUUUUGCAGCUCUAGGAAGUGUCAAGGAAGGUGAAUGGACUCAUGGGUUUUUGCUAAAAUUGGGUUUUGGCUCUUAUAAUACUGUUGUCAAUUCUCUAAUAACUUUUUACUUCAAGAUUAGAAAAGUUGAAAAUGCACAUAAGUUGUUCGACGAAGUGAGUGAUCGAGAUAUUAUUUCAAGGAACUCAAUGAUAAGUGGCUUUGUGGCAAACAAUCUUCCUGAGAAAGGACUAAUGGUUUUCAAAGAGAUGCUGCAUCUGGGAGUUCGCAUGGAUUUAGCUACAAUUGUUAGCGUUCUUCCAGCCUGUGCAAAUUGUGGUAAUGUUCUAGUCAGGAGGGUUGUCCAUGCCUCUGCAAUAAAAGCAGGUUUGGGUAGAAGAAUGACCUUUGCUAAUACAUUACUGGAUAUGUAUUCUAAAUGUAGUAACUUGGAUAACGCAAUUCAAGUGUUUGAGAAGAUGGAUGAAAAAAGUAUUGUAUCUUGGACUUCUCUGAUUUCAGGGUAUGCUCGAGAAGGUUUGUCUGAACAGGCAAUUAGAUUGUUCCAUGAAAUGGAAAGUGAAGGUGUCAGGCCAGAUAUUUUCACUAUCACUAUGGUUCUUCACGCUUGUGCUUGUGAUGGAUCACUGGAAAUUGGCAAGGAUGUGCACAAUUACAUCAGGAGAAAUGGCCUGGAAUCAAAUCUUUUUGUAUGUAACUCUCUCGUGGAUAUGUAUGCAAAAUGUGGAAGCAUGGAAGAUGCAAACUUGGUGUUUUUGAAGAUGCCUGUGAAGGACAUUAUCUCAUGGAAUACCAUGAUCGGAGGGUAUUCAAAAAAUGGUGUUCCCAAUGAAGCUCUUAGUCUGUUUGUUGCCAUGUUACAAGAAUUAAAACCUGAUGGUAGAACAAUGGCUUGUAUUCUUCCAGCUUUUGCUAGCCUAGCUGCUUUAGAUAGAGGCAAAGAGAUCCAUGCAUACAUACUGAGAAAUGGUUAUUUUUUUUAUCAACAUGUUGCUAACGCACUUAUUGACAUGUAUGUGAAGUGUGGGUCACUAGCUCUUUCACGGUUACUCUUUGAUAUGAUACCCAUGAAGGAUCUGAUAUCAUGGACUGUGAUGAUCACUGGGUAUGGAAUGCAUGGAUUUGGCAAAGAAGCUAUUGCUGUCUUUAAUAAAAUGAGAUUAUCAGGGAGUGAGCCCGAUAAAGUUGACUUCAUUUCUAUGCUUUAUGCUUGCAGUCAUUCUGGGUUACUUGAUGAAGGAUGGAGAUUCUUUAACAUUAUGCAACAUUAGUGCAAUAUUGAGCCAAAAUUGGAGCACUAUGCUUGCAUGGUGGAUCUUCUUGCCUGCAGUGGGAAACUAUCAAUGGCGUACAAAUUCAUAAAAUCAAUGUCAAUUGAACCUGAUGCUACAAUAUGGGGUGCUUUGCUCUGUGGGUGCAGGAUUCACCAUAAUGUCAAAUUAGCAGAGAAGGUAGCAGAACGUGUCUUUGAACUAGAACCAGAGAACACAGGAUACUAUGUACUUUUAGCAAAUAUCUAUGCUGAGGCUGAAAAGUGGGAAGAAGUGAAAAGUAUAAGAGAGAAGAUUGGUAGUCGGGGUUUAAAGAAAAAUCCUGGCUGCAGUUGGAUAGAGGUCAAGGGGAAAGUUCAUAGGAAAGUUCAUAUAUUUGUUGCUGGAGAUGGUUCACAUCCACAAGCCCAAAAGAUUGAGUCUCUGUUGAAUAGGUUUAGAUCAAAGAUGAAGGAAGAGAAUUACUUCCCAAAAAUGAGAUAUGCUAUGAUUAAUGCAAAUGACCUCGAGAAGGAAAUGGCCCUCUGUGGGCACAGUGAAAAGUUGGCUAUGGCUUUUAGAAUAUUGAGCUUGCCACCUGGCAAAACAAUACGAGUAACCAAAAAUUUAAGGGUCUGCAGUGACUGUCAUGACAUGGCGAAGUUUAUGUCCAAGUCAGCGAGAAGGGAGAUCAUAAUGAGAGAUUCUAAUCGCUUUCAUCAUUUUAAAGAUGGCACUUGUUCUUGCAGAGGUUUCUGGUAAAUCACUGGAGAGGAGUUUGAAUAUACCAGAGCUCACCAAAGCCACUUAAAGGUCGACUCUUCUUUUUAACCAGGUAUCGAGGAAAGGGAACUCUCUUCCAAGUGGGAACUGGUUUUCAUGGGAAAGCUGAAAUGGUCAGAAAUAGAGGGAUACUGACAAAUGUCCAUUACCUGGUGUGGAGUUCUGUGUGAAAUUUUCAAAUGCAGAAAUUGGCCAAGGAUUCUAUUGACUGAAGGUACAGUUUAAGAUGAUUAUAUCAAUUCAGUAGCUUUACUGAGCCUGAGGCAGCACUAUGGAAAGAGUUUGGCUUCAAGUUGAAAAUGGAUCCCGGGUGUGUACCUUGACAAGAAUAGAAGCUGGAAAUGGAUUUCCAAUUACAGUCAUUGGAAGCUUAAAAGUUCAGGGAUCUUGGAGAAAGCCAUACGUACACCUGCUUCAUACCAAAUUAUGUAGAUGAUGGCUUAUGAUUGACCAGUCAUUAUUACAAAUAAAAAUAAUGCUCAGAGACAUUUCUGCAGCGGGAAAUGAAAUUCAUCCACAUGGGGUGGUCCUCUUACUUAACAAUAUGGAAACUCUUACCAUACCUGUACACAGCUAAUAUGGAAUUGGUAGACAAAUUAUAUCUACCAUUAAAAUUUGUACCAAAUGGUGGCUGGUUUUGUCAUUUAUGAUUGAAUCUUCUUUUCAUCAAUUUUCAUCAGCUAUCACCAACAAAAAGUAAUUUUUGAUUAAGGGAUACUGAAAUGGAAAAUUUCAGAUUGGCCAUCAGUAUCAGCUGAAACAAAA